AUGGCCCACAAGCUUGGUGGGGACGGCUUCAAUCUGUUGGUGGACGGCAACAAAAGGGUCAUCACCUUCGAUAGCCUCAAGAGGAACUCCGCUCUGCUGGGUUUGCACGACUUGAGAGAUGAAGAUAUGCUUUCUAUGUUAAAGGAAGGCGAUCUCGACGAUGAUGGUGCCCUUAAUCAGAUGGAGUUUUGCGUCUUGAUGUUCAGAUUAAGCCCUAAGCUCAUGGAAGAGUCCUACCCUUGUUUAGACGAAGCUUUAGAACAUGAAUUCCAACAUCAGCGUUCUAUCUCUCUUUAG